UGGAAAUAAAGGGAGCUGCCACAUGAGCUUAGAGGACACAGGCUGACUCAGUGAAGAUGAAGAUAAAUGAUGUGAAGGAAGAGGAGGAACCAGCAGAGUUCCCAGGAUGCAGCUAUGUUGCAGUGAAAAGCAAUUGUUCCAAAGAAGAACCUCCAUAUUUCAGUGCUGAACCAAAAGACAAUAACAGGAGUCCUGCUGGUGGGGGUCAGCAGCUGCCUAUGUGUGCUUUGUGUCAGGAUGUCCUGAAACAUCCAGUUUCUACUAGCUGUGGACACUGGUUAUGCAGACAACAAGCUGACUCAUACUGGGACCAGUCUGCUUCAUUAGAAGAUGACUCCUGUCCCCAUAAUGGAGAAACAUCGAGCACUGGACUGCAGUCAGCUGGACAGAGGAGCUGUAUACAUACAGAUGUUGGUCUGCAGGAGGUUUUAGAUGAACAUAAGAUCAGUCUGAGGAGGAGAUGUGAACGUGUGACUGAAGGAAGUGAUGAAACAGGAAGUAGAACCCUCCUCAACAGGAUCUACACUGAGCUCUACAUCACAGAGGGACAGAGUGAAGAGGUUCAUACCCAACAUGAGGUGAGGCAGCUGGAGACAGCUUCCAAGAUGGACGCCCUCCAUGACACUCCAAUCAGGUGCCAGGACAUCUUUAAAGCCUUACCUGACCAACAGAGAGCCAUCAGAGUGGUUCUGACCAACGGCGUGGCUGGUGUUGGAAAAACCUUCUCAGUGCAGAAGUUCACUCUGGACUGGGCAGAGGGCUUGGAGAACCAACAUGUCAGUGUGGUGGUUCUGCUUUCAUUCAGGGAGCUGAACCUGAUCAGAGAUGAGCAGUACAGUCUUCUGGAGCUGCUCCAUGUUUUCCAUCCAACAUUACAGAAGGUCACAGCAGAGAAGCUGGCUGUCUCUCAGCUUUUGUUCAUCUUUGACGGCCUGGAUGAAAGCAGACUUUCAUUGGAUUUCACCAACAGGAAGCUGCUGUCUGAUGUCACACAGAAGUCAUCAGUCAGCCAGCUGCUGACAAACCUCAUCCAGGGGAAUCUGCUUCCCUCAGCUCUCGUCUGGAUAACUUCCCGACCUGCAGCAGCCAAUCAGAUCCCUCCUACAUGCGUUGACAGGCUAACAGAAGUACGAGGCUUCACUGAUGCCCAGAAGGAGGAGUACUUCAGGAGGAGAUUCAGUGAUGAAGAGCUGUCCAGCAGAAUCAUCUCCCACAUGAAGACAUCCAGGAGCCUCCACAUCAUGUGUAGAAUCCCAGUCUUCUGCUGGAUCACUGCUACAGUUCUGGAGUACAUGUUGACUACAGAGCAGAGAGGAGAGCUGCCCAAGACCCUGACGGACAUGUACUCACACUUCCUGCUGGUUCAGACAAAGAGGAAGAAGAACAAGUACCAUGAGGGACAUGAGACGAGUCCACAGGAGCUGACGGAGGCUGACAGGGAAGUUUUUCUGAAGCUGGGGAGGCUGGCGUUUGAACAUCUGGAGAAAGGAAACAUCAUGUUCUACCAAGAAGACCUGGAGCAGUGUGGUCUGGACGUGACAGAGGCCUCGGUGUACUCAGGAGUUUGUACAGAGAUCUUCACAAGAGAGUGUGUGAUCUUCCAGAAACCAGUCUACUGCUUUGUUCAUCUGAGCAUUCAGGAGUUUCUGGCUGCAGUCUACAUGUUCCACUGUUUCACCAACAGGAAGACGGAGGUGCUGGAGGACUUCCUGGAAGAUGAAAUGAAUGAAGAGGAGGAAGAUGAUGAGGAGGAUUAUGAUGAAGACUUGAAUUACACAUCUGUAGCUGACUUUUUGCACAUGGGCCUAAAAAAAUCUCUUCAGAGUGAAAAUGGCCACCUGGACCUGUUUGUCCGCUUCCUGUAUGGCCUCUGUCUGGAGUCCAACCAAAUAAUAUUAUGUGGUCUGCUGGGUCAGACAGAGAACAGUCCAGAAGUUAUUGAGAGAAUCAUUAACAACUUGAAGGAGAUGAAAGCUAAGUUUAUUUCUCCUGACAGAAUCAUCAACAUCUUCCACUGUCUGAUGGAGAUGAAUGACCUCUCAGUACAUCAGGAAAUCUUGGAUUUCCUGAAGUCAGAGAACAGAUCAGAGAAGAAACUCUCUGAGAUCCACUGCUCAGCUCUGGCCUACAUGCUACAGAUGACAGAGGAGGUUCUGGAUGAGUUUGACCUGGACAAAUACAACACAUCGUGGGAGGGUAGACUAAGGCUUAUUCCAGCUGUGAGAAACUGCAGGAAGGCUCGACUUUCUGAAUGUUGGCUGUCAGAGACUCACUACAAAGUUGUGGCCUCUGCCCUGAAGUCUGACACCUCCCACCUGAUGGAGCUUGACCUGACAGGAAGUAAACUGCAGGAUUUGGGACUGAAGCAGCUCUCUACUGGACUGGAGAGUCCAAACUGUCGACUUAAAACACUGUUACUUGCUAACUGUGGACUAACAGAGAUCAGUUGUGAUUCUCUGGUCUCAGCGCUGAAGUCCAAUCCCUCCCACCUGAGAGAACUGGACCUGAGCAGAAACAACCUGCAGGAUAUAGGAGUGACAAGACUUUCUGCUGGAUUACAGAGUCCCGACUGGAGACUAGAGACUUUGAGACUAAGGUCCUGCAGUUUGUCAGAGAUCAGCUGUGUUCAUUUAGGCUCAGCUCUGAAGUACAAUUUGUGCUAUCUGAAAGAGUUGGACCUGAGUCAAAACGAGCUACAGGAAUCAGGAGUGGAGCAGCUUUCAGCUGGACUAGAAAGUCCAAAAUGUAGACUGGAAACCUUGAGACUAACUCACUGUGAACUACCAGGAAGCUGCUGUACAUUUCUGGACUCAGUUCUGAAGUCAGUCUCUUCCUGUCUGACAGAGCUAGACUUGAGCCACAACAAACUGCAUGAUUCAGGAGUAAAACUUCUGUCUGCUGGACUGGAGAGUCCAAACUGUAGCCUGAAGACUUUAAGGCUGAAGGACUGUCUUAUUAUGGAUGAUGGCUGUGCUUCUUUGGCUUCAGCUCUAAAGUCAAAUCCCACCUAUCUGAGAGAGCUAGACCUGAGUCACAACAAACUACAAGAUUCAGGAGUAAAGCUUCUGUCGAUUGGACUGUGGACUCAAAACUCUAGACUUAACACUCUAAGGAUAAAGGACUGUCAGAUUACAGAUAAAGGCUGUGAUUAUCUGUUCUUAGCUCUUAACUCGACCCAAUGUCCCCUGAGAGUGCUAGACCUGAGUUUGAACAAGUUAAAGAAAACUGAAGAAGAACUGAAGCUGAUGUUUGGGUUUCUGAAGACACUUCACUUAAAGACUGUGGUCAGGUUUACAUGAACCUGGAGUAUGGAGGAGGAGACAACCUUCAUUAAGCUGCCUAUCACCACCCUGAGUUCAAAUUCAAACAUCCUAGAAUAACUUGAUUUUGUCUUCCUUCCCUUAGAUAGUCACUUGAUGACUUUAUUUAAAUUUAUGAAGGCUUUCAUUUGAUUCAGUGAACUACAGUGUUAAGGUCUAUAAGAAGAUGUGAAUGCAACAUUAUGGGAAAUCCCUACUGCAACCAACUACACCCUACACCUUGUUGGCAGUGAUCACUACUACGCUUAGCUACAAGAUAAACAGCCACAAGAAGCAGUACUUUUAAUGGAUAAGGAAACUAGAGGCCAAGAUCAAGGUAGCAUGGAGGCCAACUAUCAGAGCUGCACAAAGAUGUGAUGAGAUAGAAGCCGGGAUAAUAAACAAGGUUCUCCACUGAACCAUCCAACGUGUACUCUCAGUGUCAGAUGAACAAUAUGAGAACAGUCCCACCAAGGCUGGAGACAGAACAAUACUGAAAAACCUUAUGGGAAAAGGAUGCAACCCAUAACAACAAUGCACUGUGGCUAGUACAGCUGGGAGAAGAUUACAGCAAGCUCCCUGAACAGGAUCCAGUAACAUCGCAGUGAUAGACAUCCAACACAGAGUAUCAAGCAUAAAGAGUUGGACAGCACCAGCCUCUGGCAUGAUUCCCGUGCACUGGUAAAAGAAGCUAAGUGCACUCAAUGAGCGACUGUCAGCACAAAUUGAACCAGCUGCUAAUGAACGAAAGUGGAACCAGCUGCUAAUGGUGAAACAUAACCAUAUAAGCUAAUCGAACAGUGGACAGUCCUGAUCCCCAAGGGUCCUCAGAAGGGACCUGUCCCAUCCAACUACCAGCCAAUAACCUGCCUCAGAUUUUCAGUACCAGAUGGAAGCUCCUGUUGGGCAUCAUAGUGGCUAAGAUGAACAGGCAUAUGGCUCAAGAAAGGCACAGAUAGAAAUUGGCAGAAACACCAGAGUGGAAAACUCAACACCAUGCACAUGGAUACCGGAAUGCCUAGAACUAUACAAGAUCAACAGGACCCUAAGAGCUUUCAUCAGGAAUUCAGUGGUAAUGUUGUAAACAACAAUGCAGACCAACUUCAAGCCGAUUGCACAGGUCACCAUCAAGUGCAUGAUUUACCAAGGCAAUUUACAUGUUAUCUGGAAAUAACCAGACAAGAGAGGGUUUUCAGAAAAAACUGUUAAAUGUUCAGUUUCUAUGCCAUAUGUUAAAACAAGAUCUAGAAUGUGUCAUUUUUAGCAUCUACGUGGAUAUUAAAAUCACCCACAAUGAUUGUUUUAUCAGAGCUGAGCACUAAAUCAGAUAAAAAGUCUGAGAAAUCAGACAGAAAUUCUGUGUAAGGCCCAGGUGGACGAUAGGUGAUAAUGAAUAACACUGGUUUUUGAGCUUUACAGCUGGGGUGGACAAGGCUAAGCAUCAGGCUUUCAAAUAAAGGAAAGCUCUGUCUGGGUCUUUGGUUGAUUAAGAAGCUGGAGUGUGAGAUUGCUGAAAAUAGCACUGUGUUCUAGGUUUGUGGCAGUGUAACCAUACCACAUUACACUUUCUGUAUUCCCUUUUGUUCUUCAUCAGUUCCUAAAUCUAGACCUAGGCCAGGUUCUGACUGUGGUGUACAUUUAUAUCAAAAGUGGUACAAAUUUACUGUAGACUCGAAUGAACCUUUUUCCAAAAACUGGCAAUAUGUAAAUGAUUGGCAAGGCUUUUUCCACGCUGUGGUCUGUCUGUGGGAAAAUGGAUGCCUUUAAUGUUAGUGUUUCAACACAUCUGAUUAUCGCACAGAAGUUCACUAUUGCUCAUGUGGCGAAGAGCAAGGAUCAAAAGGUACUAAAGGCAACAAAUUAGACAAAGGACACAAAUUCUGACACAGGGUGUUAGAAUUAGUUAGUUUUCAAAUUCUGCAGUUACUAUACUAACUAUACUAACUUUAGCUUAGCUACCAGUCACACCAGGUACAUUGUGUAAAGUACGAUAAAUUGUUAGUGUUUCAUACUUCUAAUAUAAUAUAUGCUAUAUAUAUAGUUGAACAUGUGGUUGUGGCAUUCAAUGUAUUCGUGGGAUAGUUUGCAGCUUGUGGUAGAUACUUUAGGUCAGCGGUCCCCAACCCCCGGGCCUCGGACCGGUACCGGUCCGUGAGUCGUUUGGUACCGGGGCCGCGAGAGUUGAGGCUCAGGUGUGAAAUGUAUGGUUUUCAGGGUUUU